ACGUGUCCGCCCUGCCACUUCACCAAUUUACAAUAUUUUGCGUUCCGCCUCAUCGAUCCUUGCUCGACCAUGUGCUCCCAUCCAACCGCCGUUCAACGACUCCGGCAAACUGGCCAACACCUCGGUGCCUCUGACACUGGACCCAAGGUGACAGCCAACUUCCUGGAUAAUCAGCCGAUCCCGUCUAAGACAUGUACCUGGUACGAGGUCCACGAUCCGGCCACGAACCAGGUCGUGACUAGGGUGCCGCAAACUACCCAGGAUGAGCUAGUCUCAGCCGUUCAGAGUGCAGAAAGGGCCUUCCCGGCGUGGCGAGCUGUCAGCCUACUUUCCCGCCAGCAAGUGCUUUUCCGCUAUGUCCAGCUAAUUCGCGACAACUUUGAGAGGCUGGCAGUCGUCAUCACGCUGGAGCAGGGUAAGACAAUCGCGGAUGCUCGGGGCGACGUCAUGCGAGGUCUUCAAGUCGCCGAGGCUGCUUGUAACAGCACAUCGCACAUGAUGGGCGAGGUUCUUGAAGUCGCAAAAGACAUGGAAACACGCAGCUACCGACUACCCAUUGGUGUUGUAGCGGCGAUAUGUCCUUUCAACUUUCCCGCCAUGAUUCCUCUCUGGUCUAUCCCUAUCGCUACAGUCACCGGGAACUGCCUCAUACUGAAACCAUCUGAGCGAGCCCCUGGUGCUGCCAUGAUUCUAGCCGAGCUAGCACGCGACGCAGGGCUCCCUGCUGGUGUUCUAAAUAUUGUCCACGGCUCUCAUGACACUGUGAAUUUUAUACUAGACGAACCGGCUAUCAAAGCGAUCAGUUUUGUCGGGAGUAACCGUGCCGGAGAAUAUAUAUACACUCGUGGUUCGGCAAAUGGCAAGCGAGUGCAGGCUAAUCUCGGAGCCAAGAAUCAUGCCGUGUUAAUGCCAGAUACGAAUAUCGAGGAUGCGCUUAGAGGCCUUGCGGGGGCAGCAUUCGGAGCGGCAGGUCAGCGUUGUAUGGCCCUAAGUGCACUUGUUACUGUUGGUGGCACGGAAAGGUAUCUCGAUCGCCUAGUCAAGGUUGCGCAGUCGCUUAAGGUCGGAUACGGCUUCGAGGACGAUGUGGAUAUCGGCCCAGUCAUAUCUCCUGGCAGCCGCAAGCGAAUCGAGGAUAUCAUCGGGACCGCAGAGAAGGAAGGGGCCAGGCUUUUACUUGACGGGCGAGGUGUCUGCCCGAACGGAUACCCUAACGGAAACUGGAUCGGACCAACAAUUAUCACCGGCGUGACGCCGGAUAUGACUUGCUACAAGGAAGAAAUUUUUGGGCCCGUUCUUGUCUGCCUGCAAGCAGACACUUUGGAUGACGCCGUGACGCUACUCAACUCCAACGUGUACGGGAAUGGGUGCGCCAUUUAUACACGCUCUGGGCCUGAUGCUUUGAAGUUCCAGCAGGAGGUUGAAGCUGGUCAGGUUGGAAUCAAUGUGCCUAUUCCAGUGCCGUUGCCCAUGUUCUCUUUCACUGGGAACAAGAAUAGUAUUGCCGGUGGAGGUGCUAACACUUUCUACGGAAAGCCAGGCGUCAUGUUUUAUACUCAGCAAAAGACCGUCACCGCUAGUUGGAAGCGAGAAGAUGCGUUUGACGCUCGAGUGAAUGCUAACAUGCCGACCAUGUUCUGA